AUGGUUCCGGUUCCGGUUCGGUUCCGGUUUUCAACUCAUAAGAACCUUAACCGGAACCUUAAAGUUCCGGUUAAGGUUCCGGUUUGGAACCGGAACCUUUUAUACGGUUCUGGUUCGGUUCUAAUAGUGGCGGUUCCGGGUUGCGAAGAACUGUGUCACCGCCGUCGCUGCCGCCGCCGCCUCGGAGCCACCGGAGUUGUUGAACCUCCUCGGAGCCGUUUCCGCCGCCGCUCAAGGCGUUCUGGUGAGACUAUUUUUCAUCAUUAUCACAAUGUGUUGCAAGCUAUAGUAGAGUUGGAGGGUAAAUUCUUAAAACAACCCGAUGGUAUACAAAUUCCUUCAGAAAUAUUCAACAACACUAGAUUUUAUCCAUACUUUAAGGACUGUGUUGGUGCUAUUGAUGGUACACAUAUUCGUGUAAAAGUUUCUAAUACAGAAGCUCCCAAGUAUCGUGGGAGAGAAGAAUACCCAACACAGAAUAUUUUAGCUGCAUGCACAUUUGAUAUGAAAUUCACAUAUGUGUUACCUGGUUGGGAAGGGAAAUAUUAUCUAGUUGAUGCCGGCUUUAUGUUGCGACGUGGACUUAUAACACCUUAUAGGGGGGAGCGAUAUCACUUGAAAGAGUACUCACGGAAUCCACCUGGAAAUGCAAGGGAAUUAUUUAAUCUUUGACAGGCAUCUUUGAGCAACGCUAUUGAACGGGCAUUUGGUGUUGUUAAGAAGUGUUUCCCUAUAAUUGGGAGUUCUACAGAGCUUCAUUAUGGUUUGGAAACACAAAAGAAGAUUAUUUUUGCAUGUUGUAUCUUACAAAAUUAUUUAAUGUGUGUGGAUCCUGAUGAUGAUAUACUUGCACAAAUUGAUAUUGAACUUGCAAAGGAAGCACCAGAGGAACAUCAUAUCAGUCAGGAAAAUACUGAAGAAACCAUGGAAGAAGAGUUAAUUAGAGAUGCUAUUGCAGUUGAAAUGUGUCUUAAUUAUAAUGAAUAAUUUCCGUUAUAGAAGUGUUUUCAUGUUGUCUUCAAAUAUGUUUUGUUAU